AAACCACGCCUCAGUCGGCUAUCAUCUAUUUGACACUAUUAGAAGUAACUUAAUUUUUUAUAGCGUUUUCCCCAGUAAUUGACAUUUGUUCAUACUCAUAUUACAUAUUGUGAUAGUGCAGUUAUCAAAAGCGGUUUAUGUUAGUCGUACAGCUAGUGUCAACCCAUCCCUGUCUAAGAUAAAUGAAGAGAUGUUCUAGAUUGGUGCUCAGAGUAAUUUUCUAAGUUGAUAAUGCAUUCUACACAUCUGAUAGCGAAUUAAUCAUGCCGUUAUAUGCCAUAAUGCAUAUCAUAAUAUCUCCACAGCAAAUGCAUCAUCUACUAUCUUGUGUGUGUAAACAGUAAUAUUAUCUAAAUGUUCAAACGAGAUGUUUUUAUUUUUUUUUGACCCAUGUAUGAGGCAGAUUUUAGUUAGUGUGCAGGCCUGACAAAAUUCAACACUUAGUAUGCAAUGACCAAUAAUUCAAGACAUGGUCAUGACUGGAAGCCGCCUCCAAUGAUGAUGCCUUCGGUAACAGCUACGUUUCCUUCAUCGACUGGGUUUAUACCAACCUAUAAUGGCGCGUCAGUACCACCUGUAUUCGAUUCGAAUAGCAUGCAUGGCUCAUUUCCUCCUCGAUUUGUUGUGCCUAAUCAAUGGCAUGCUUCUAUUUCCCCGAUCUCCGUUUCGAGUGGUGUCACAAAUAUGACCACUGCCUCGCUUAAUAACGAUGAUGAGGUUUUUAUCACAAAAUCUCAAGCACUAGUUAAUCAAACUUCUAGUUUAGGCCGAACGCCUGAUAGCACCAACUCUGACAAGAGCUCUAUGAUUACGCCAUCACCAAAAAAACAUGCAACGUCAUCCAAUGUUUGGUCUGAACAUAAAACUGGUGAUAAUAAGACUUAUUGGUAUAACAGCGUAACUAAUGUAUCCACUUGGGAGAAGCCAGAUGAACUUAAAACUGAAUUUGAAAAGGCACAAGAUGCAACACCUUGGCGUGAGUACUCGACGGAAGAUGGUACAAAAUACUAUCAUAACCAGAUCACCCAAGAAACUUGUUGGGAAAUGCCCCUUGAAUAUAAAAAUCACAUGGAAAAACUAGCUAGGGACGGAUAUAUUUUGGACGAAUCUAGCGAGAACAUUAGCUUUUCUGAGCGCGUGUUGAAGAACGUGUUUGCCAAUGAACCUCAAAAAAAUGCAUAUGCUCAUUUGCUUGUUGAAAAAGGCAUGACCUCUUUGUGGAAUUGGGAUCAGGCUAUGUCUGAGACAUUUGAAGAAGAGCGCAGCAAACAGUUAAAGCUGAGUGAGCGUAAGCAAGUUUAUCAGGUCAUGAUUCAAGAAUUGAAACGUUUUGAAAUUGAAGAACGCGAAAAUCGCCAAAAAAGAAUUCAGCAAAACUUCAAUAAGAUGCUGAGCGAAUGGACUGAACUAGACAAUUACACAACUUGGCUUGAAUUGGUUGAUCGCUUCGGGGAUGAUCCACGUUUUAUGGCAGUUCCUACUGAACGCGAACGUAAGAACAUGUUUGAUGAAUUUUUGAAUGCAAGAGAACGUCGUCAUCGUAAAGAGCAGCACAUGAUCAAGCAGUGCAAAUUAGACGCUUACAAAGCCCUUUUGAAUGAGCAUGUUACAGCAAGCACUCUCUGGAAGCAAUUCAAACAAGACUUUGCUAAUAAUCCUGUUUUUUUAGACCUUGAUCCAAUAAGUCAAAUUACUGCGUUUGAAGAUCAUAUUCACAGACUUGAAUAUCGAGAGGAUGAUGCAUAUGCAGCUGAACGUUGGCGAAUUCGUCGCUUAUCUCGGAAAGCACGCGAGUCUUUUCGUGAACUUCUUAAAGAGAAGUACAUAACUGGGGACAUCAAUAGAACCACACUUUGGAAGGAAUUUUAUCCAAAAAUUAAAGACGACCCUCGAUACAUUAACAUGAUUGGCGUGACUGGUUCGACACCUGCUGAACUUUUUUAUGACUUUAUUCAAGAUUUAGAGGCUUCUUAUAACAAGGAAAAACGUGCUAUUCAUUCCCUUUCUAAAGAACUUGAUAUUCACAUUCUUCCACCAUCUUCCAUUCCCCAAGAAGACCGUUUUGCUUUUUUUUCAAAAGUUACAGUCGAUACUUGGCCCAACAAAUUAUCGUUCGCUAACUGGUAUUCUAAAAUUUCGCUUCAUCGUACCAAACUUGAUAAUGUUUCUAUGGAGAGUGUUUACAAAGACCUUUCGCACCAAGAACUUCACAAAUAUCAAUGUCGUUAUAGGCGUGCACAUCGCUAUUUCCGUGAGUAUUUAGAAGAUGAGGUUCGCAGUGUGGACAUGCCCUGGCCAGAAAUUGAAAAGCAAGCCUCUACUAUUGCCUACUUUGACCUUUUGACCAGUGGGGAACGAGAAAAACUUUACAAAGAAUACGUAGAUGAUAUUUUAACACAACUAGGUUCGAACAUUGAAGAGGGCGCUAUUGUUGAAGCACCGAGUCAUCGUGAACGAAACAUAGAUGUGGACGACCUAGAUAGCUCCAUAGAUGAAGACUCUAACCACAAUGGACGUUCUAUGGUCAAUAAUAACGGUAUCGGCAGUAAUAGUGCCAACUACAGUCCUAGCAGUAGCAGCUUCCAUAGCAAGCGUAAGCGUAGUCCACUCUCUUCUAGAAUCGAUAAUUUAUCAGAGUUUUCGAGUGAAAGUGGUCCACUAUAUUUAGGCCGGAAACCUUGUAUUGCUAACAAUCACCAACAGUUUUCUCCUUACAAUCCCACUGCUGCUUCUUCUGUUGAUAACCCACUUAAUAAGGAGAUUCGCCCUGUUGAAGACACCGUCGCUCUACCACCAUCUCACCAUAUAACAAGUUCUUUUUUAGAUGAAGUGGAAGAGGGUGAGGUCAGGGGCAAUUAACAACAAUUUCAAGGUAUUGAUUGCUUUAAUUAUAUCUUUCGUUUAAUAUUUUUUGUAUAUAAAAUAUGCAUGUAUAAACUUCUAUGAAAA